AUGAACGUACUAAAGAGUUUGGCUCUCAUCACCAUCAUCGCUGCCACGCUGUGCUGGACUCCAGCUGUCGCCGAUAGCCGUGAAGCCGAACGACGCGGUGAGAGAUUCAGCCCAUAUAACCGGAACAGCCCUCCUGAGCCGUCGGCAGAAGGAUCGUCAGGACCACGAAAAUAG